AUGACGUUAAACGUCAACCCGACGUUGACGGAAUCAACAAUUUUCGAUAUUUUUCUUAAUUUGUAAUAUUAAUAUUUAGUAACAAUGUUUUGCGCGGAGAUGAAUUCGUACUUGCAGCUGGUCUGUGCCAUGGAGCCGAGGGUUAUCAACAAGGCGGUUGAGAGAGCUAUGGCGAAUAAGGUUAUAGACUUGCCUUGUGCCAAAUUCAACCCACUCGGCCUAACUUCAGCCAGGCCGUCGACAUACGCUCCACAUAUCGACAUAACUCGCGCUCGACUCGGCUUCGGCCGGAUAGGCUUGAGGAUGGUCAACAGAGACCUGCACUCGCCAGACUAUCUAAUACAGUUGCAGGCGAUACAUACUGUUUUGGAUCAAGUGCAAAUAUCAGAGAAUGCCAUGUUCCUCAUAAAACUGAACGUGGUACACCGUCUAACGGAAUUGCUCGAUAACAGAGACCCGGUGAUUCGGGAGAAGGUUUGCCUGAUCCUGACGCAUCUGGCAGGCUAUCACCAGGGCAGGCUACGACUUAACGAUUGUCCGAAUCUCUAUUUCAGACUAAUGUGGCUUUGUCUGAGAGACAGGAAAGAAAUAAGAUACGCCGCAGCCUACACUUUUAGAACGCUCAGCAGAGAUCGCUGCGCCUGUGAAGCAAUUUGCAAAGUCGACGAUAUAAUCGAAAACAUGCUUAAAAUCGUCAAAAACGAGUAUACAGGAAUUGUCUUAAUACAUUUAAAGAGUAUGAAGAAUCUUUUUGAAUACGACCCAGUCGUGCCGCUAAAAGCGAACGCGUUUCAAGUAAUGUUAAACUUAUUUACUAAUGCUGAUCCCAGAAUAAUUUCAGAGGCAAUGGAGUGUAUGUCACAACUUUGCAAGCAUGAUGUUGGAAAGCUUUUAGCUGACCAGUACGAUUUGACAUUCUUUUUACGCCCAUACCUGACUUGUAAGGAAUAUGGUGUAGUUAUGAGCGCCGUUGGACUGAUGUGUUACACGACUUUGACGAAGCGUUCGAAAUGGCGGGCGAAAGAGGUUGCAAAGGAGUUGACAAUGAAUUUAAUGCAUUUAUGUCAUGCCCCAAUGCUUCCCUUGCUCCAGUUGAGGACUAUGCAAGUUUUGAUAAACCUUUGCGACUGUCCUGAUAUAAGGAAGCAUGUUAAACAUUUAUGGAAACAUAAAGUUCAGUUGAUCAUGAUAAGAACUCACGAAGAGUGGGACGGGACUAUGGAAACGAGCAGUAUGGGGUUAGAGACGGGGCAUAAUUAUAGAACCAUGUGCAUAGAGGGCAUUGAGACUAUUAAGAAUGAUUACGGAGAUAAUGCGGAAGUGGUGAACGUGCAUAGUUACUUGAGGAGGUUGCGGGAGAAGAAGGAACAGCUAUUGAAGGCUAUCGAUUGGACGCCAUACUCGUAGACAUUUUUUAGAUUAUAAAAAUUUAAGCUUUGUAAAAUAUGUUAUUCGUAAAAUUUUGUAUUAUAAACGACAUCGUUUGUGUCGUCUGAACAAAUUAUGUGUGCUGAAAUAUGCCUGAAAUAUAUAUUUUUAUUCAUAU